UUGGGAGGAGUGAUAUUUUUCAACUUUUGAACAGCAUAGACAAGCCCCUUUAAAAAAGAAUUUUAUAUCUGUCCUUAAUUAACAGAACCUCAGAACAGACACAUGGAUAUGUAAUUUUGGUUUUUAGAUAUGUCUUGCAAAACAAUGAUUCUUCCUAACGCAUUUCUUUAAACGCUGUUAUCUAAAGUAAUUUUAUAUUAGGUUUCUCUUGCUUUUUGUAAAACUCAAAUGUUUUUAUUAGUCAUUAAUAUAUAUUCCUACGCCAUGUAGAGAGAUUUUGAGAGAGAGAGAAAAGCAUAAUGCCCCUUUAAACUACGUCCCGAUGAUACCUUUUUCACUCAUUUUGAGACGUUACCAGCCGUAGGUGAAGCCCAAUGCUUAGCGAUAAUGGCCACAGCAGUGUAUGUCCCAACGCCUGCCGCAACGAUGGACCUCCUUUCUAAUGUCAUAUCUGAAAGACCCAAAAAUCUCUCUUCUAAAGCGAAUGAGCAAUCACUACAUGUAUAUGUUUACGUCUUAGGUUCGAUGCGGCCAUAUGUAUGGCACGAGCAGGGCUCGAACUCACGCGUUUUCUACCACUGAGCUACACAAAAAACAUUUAGAAGUGAGAAUCAUGGGUCUUUCAGAUAAGAUCUCAAAACAUUGUCAUGGCAGGCAUUAGGAGAACCCUAGCUGAUACGACCCUGAGCUUAGGUGACAUUCUGUGGCACUUCAACUAUGUAUAUCUUGACACUUUUUUGGCACACUGUUUUUCCCUAUAAUACCUCUAAAACUUCAUUGUUAUUUCGGAUUUCAAACAUUUCGGUUGAGCAUCACAGAAGAGACAUUUUUUGUCGAAAUGCGCAUCUGGUGCAUCAAAAUUAGUACCGUAUAAGUUUUAUAUUAUGACCCCUGGGUCGAUGCCUCUGCUGGUGGACUGUUAGUCCCCGAGGGUCUCUACAGCCCAGUAGCUAAGUACUUCGUUACUAGCUUGAAAAUACGGAUGUAUAUUUAAUUGCUGUUAUAAAAUUUAAAAAUUCAUUUCAAAAUUAAGGAUUAUCUCCCUCAUGCAUAGCUCUUAUCCUUAGACGAAUUUGACUCCACUUUUUUGGCACAUUGUUUUCCCCUAUAAUACCUCUAAAACUUCAUUGUUAUUCCGGAUUUCAAACAUUUCGGUUGAGCAUCACUGAAGAGACAUUAUUUGUCGAAAUGCGCAUCUGGUGCAUCAAAAUUAGUACCGUAUAAGUUUUACAUGAGAAGUUUCUCGAAAAGGAUGCAAACAAAUUAAAUGUUUAAUAUUUAUAUGUAAUUAUGUUUGUGACUGCAACAGCAGCGAUUACUGAAACGAGAUGAUUGCCUUUGAGGUUGACGCUGAAUACAAGGCCAAUCUUUGCUCAUAUUAAAGCUGACAUGGAUUCAUAAACAUAGUACCAGUACUCCAGCUCAACAAUCAUGCAGAUUGGUCAUCUCUUGCUGUCCAUGUUCUUGCUGUUUCUGGUCAGUGAUCUUCACGCUGACGUCGGGGACGAUGUGCAAGAAGUAUCUGAUGCUGUGAAAGGCGGAAUAGAAGCAGCCAAUACAAUUACUGACAUCGUAUCUGGCGUUAAGAUCCUUUCCAAAUUCACAAAAAUCAUGGGCUCUGUUGCUCCCUUCCUGGCAGCCAUCGGUCCACUCAUGGACCUCAUAACCAUGUUUCUUCCGCAACAAGAAGAUCCAACAUUGACCUACUUGAAAGAACAGUUUUCGAAGGUGGAUUCCAACUUCAGAAAUAUGGAAAGGCUUUUUGGAGAAGUUACAAAUUUAAUCCAAUCAACAGGAAUCAAAUCACAAUUUUCAACUAUUGAACAAAAUGUCAAUGCUUUGUCAUACCGCCUUCAUAUGUUAAUGAAAGCUCCGAGAGAAGCCGCUGAAGGUCAGAAGUUUCGAUUUAUCUCGUCCUUUCAGGUUAGUUAUCAAAAUGCAGCGAAAAAAAUAUAUGAUGGUAUAAUGAAAAAGCAAUCUUUUACGGACAAUAUCCCGGAAGCAGCGAUGCAAUACACCAAUUAUGAUCGGAAGAAAAUGCAGAGGGUGAUGGCGGGAUGCUUUGGACUCCUCGUGACGGCUGUGAAAGUCAACUUAGCGUACCUGGAACUGACCAAUAGAACGGCCAGUUAUAAAAUGGAAAAGACGCACUGGGAGAAAGGCAUCAAAGAAGUUCUAGAGAAAGUGAAAAGUGUGGAUGCAGAAGUUACUGAUGCAUGGGAACACCAGAGGUUUAAAGAUUUAAAAGAUCUUUCGGCGCAGUAUAAAGAUGAUAGCAACGAAGAAUUUUCAAAGCGACUGUAUGAAUUUUAUUCAGAGAAAUAUUACUGGAGAGAAUGGGUCGUCAUUGUAUAUAAGAAAAUGGCCAAAUCAUGGACUGGGAAUAACGGACACGUCUUUAGUCUGUGUGGAGGUGACGAAUAUUUAGAAAUGGACGGCAGAAAUGUGUUAACAUCGAGCGUAGCACAAGACAAGGGGAAGAUAGCCACUGGCUACUACACGAGGAAGUUAAGUGGAGUUAAAACUUACAAGAAGGUUCUUUGGGUUCGUAAAGCCUACACCGCAACGUAUGUAAUGAAUCAAAUGAUGAACUUUAGCCGUGGUUCUGAUGUAUGCUUGCGAGCCGUUAUAUCUGAUCGAGAGGAUGCUCGAAGUCAAAGUGCCCCUGGUCGCUUAGUUGUCAAAUGGAAGCACUUUUACGGCAUGUUCGUUUUCGGCUAAGAACGUGCACAGCAGCUAUUUACUAAUGAGUAAUAAAAGUUGUCCAAAAUCGCAA